AUGGCAGGACUCUUUUCGAAUCUCAAAUUUAUCCUCUUACCGAAUGCUGAUACUAACCCUCUGAAGUUCUUAGUUAAGUUAAUAGAGAAUGAUGAGGGGACAGUGGUUCGGGAUGUAGAUAGUCUAGAUGAGGAGACAAUCAUUUUAAUCAAUGAUUCUUAUGUUGAUAAUGACAACAAUUUAGUACAAGAAAAUCUCUUUGAGAAAGAAUUUGAGUUAAAUUUUACAGUGGUAUGGAAUUUUAUCAAAGAUCAUAAUUUAAAAUGUUUUAGAAUAAGUUGUAUUACCUCUUCAAUAAAACGUAAAAAGUUCCAGAUCGGAGAGGAACGACUCAUUAAUAUUAAUCCAUCAAGGGAAGAAAACGAAAAUAAGAACGAGGACAAAGAUGGUAAUAACACCGUGAAUUCUGAAGACGAAAUGGAAGGUUCAGACGAAGAGGAGACUAGUGUAGAGUCACUACCGUCACCAAGAAAACAAAGUGAAGCAGAUGAUGUUGAGGAUAUUGCAGGUCUCGAUGAUGAAGAGGAAGUUACAGAUCUUUCGCGUUAUACCACAGGGCAAAAUGAUCUCUUAAUAAAAUCGAUGGGUACAUUGGCCAAAAAAUACAAACUAAAAGGAGAUCAAUUCCGUGCCAGAGGUUACAGAUUAGCAAGGGCUUCAAUAGAAGAGUGUCCGUUCAAAAUCGAAUCAGGAGCGCAAGCACAACAGCAGUUAGCAAAUAUUGGUCCUAGCAUUGCUAAGAAGAUACAACUUAUCUUAAACGUUGGAAGCCUGCCAGGCUUAGAAGAAACUGUUAACUUAGAAACCACUUUGGAUUAUUUUUCCAAUUGCCAUGGAGUAGGUGCGUAUACUGCUAAAAGGUGGCAUUUAUUUAAAUUGAACUCGUUAACUGAUGUCGUAAAGAAGUUCCCCGAUGAAUUGACAAAGGAUUGGCCAAUAUUACUCGGUUGGUCCUAUUAUGAAGACUGGUCAAAGAGAAUACGAAGGAAGGAAUGUGAGGAACAUUUAGCUAUAGUAAAACGCAAACUGGCAAAAAUCGAUAGUAAUUUCCAAGUCGAAUUGCAAGGAAGCUAUGCUCGUGGUGCUGAGACUUGUGGAGAUAUUGAUUUGAUGUUUUAUAAACCAGGCUGUGAUGACACGCGUGAAAUCGGCUAUACUUUGGAAAGGCUUGCAUUAGAAUUAUAUGAGGAUAAAUUUGUUGAAUGCUUUUUACAACUAACGCCAACUUUAGAAAAAAUAUUUAGGAACGUCUUAAAGGAAAGAUUCAAAAAAUGUGGUUUAAAAUAUCCCUCUGACGCAAUUUUUGCAACAUCAAAUAAUAUCAAAAAGUUCUAUCUGGGAACAAGAUUACCAAGACCAGAUUAUCUAAUAAAAGAUGAUCUCGUUGGCUUAUCACUGCAAGAAUGUGAUCGCUACAUGUCAAUAAAUAAAGGAAAGAAUGCCAAUCCUUGCAGAAGAUUAGAUUUCUUCUGUUGUAAAUGGUCCGAGCUGGGUGCCGCAAGAAUGCAGUGGAUUGGAUCUGCAGAAUUUAAUAGAUGGUUGAGGAUACUUGCUAGUAAGAAAGGGUUCAAGUUGAGUCAACAUGGAUUAUUUACCAAUGAAGGUCAAUUAUUGGAAAGUUUUGAUGAGAAAAAUAUGUUUAAACUACUUGGAGUAGAUUACUUAGAGCCUACGCAAAGAAGUGAAGGUAUAUGGAACAAGUAUGUAUCAUAA